UAUGUUCUUGUUUUUGGUCAUGUUGAAUACUUGAGUAUCAAAAAGAAGAGCUUAAGCCCUACGACAACGAGGCUACAGAAUCAGAGUCUGAGACCUCAAAACAAGUGCUUGUAAGAAGAAAAAGGUGACAAGGGGUUGGAGAUACAAAUGGGUUCCCGUGGAUAUUCAAAAUGGUUGACAGCCACCAUAACUGUAGCUCUUGCAGCUCUUUCUGCCUCCACAGCCAUAUCUUUUUAUUUUUGCAGGAAGAAAUCCAAAGCUUUGGAUUCAAAGGUUCAAGAGCUUGAGAUUUCUCUCAAUUCCUCCUUGCAAAAAUGUGCUGCUGAGAGGCAAGGUCGAAUAAGAGCCCAGCAGGCCUUGAGGGAGGCGGUAGCACAACCAAAGGCUGAGCACUUGGAGCAGACUUCUUAUCCCAUGGUACCUAUUGGGUUUGUUCAGUCUUGCUUCUCUACCAGAAAUGGGACUCCAAGGCAACCUUUACUUGUACCUCUUGCUAGGGCAUGUUUAGUCUUCAAUUCCACUCGGGUUCCCCCAGUAUCCCUUGAGGGUCUAGCAGAAUAUUCUCAUUGCUGGAUUAUAUAUGUAUUUCAUUUGAACACAGAUAUAGAGAAGUUGUGGAAACAACCUUCUAGAUCAAAGUUCAAAGCAAAGGUUAGAGUACCAAGAUUGAAAGGUGGAAGGAUGGGAGUCUUUGCUACACGAUCUCCACAUCGUCCAUGCCCUAUUGGGCUCACUGCUGCAAAGGUGGAGGCAGUACAAGGAAACAUGGUUCUUCUCUCUGGUGUAGAUCUGGUUGAUGGGACCCCAAUACUUGACAUCAAACCUUAUCUACCAUACUGUGAUAGCAUCCAAGGAGCAGCAGUUCCAAAGUGGGUAAUGGAGGACAACAUGUUAGCAGUAGCUUCUGUUAGCUUUUCUGAGGGUUUCUCUGCCUCAUUUGCUCAUUGUUGGGAAAUAGCAGGAAAGAAGUCGCUCUAUGCAUCAUCUGAUGAGUUCCAAUGCUUAAUAAAACAGGUGCUGUCAUGGGAUAUCCGAUCUGUAUCUCAGCGAAACCAACCUCAUUAUCCCGUUUUUAAGAAAGGAAAUGGGAAGGCUUCAUAUGAUUCUCCAGAUUCAGAUGACAACCAUGAUGAAGAUGCUUCUGGCUACGAAAAUGACAAGGUUCCUCUUCAUUCUGACAAUGUAAUUUAUCACCUAAUUUUGGAAGGAAUCAACGUCUCUUACAGAAUUGACUGCAAUGGCAAUGUAAUGGUAGAGGAAGCCAUGGUUUCAUCUGACUAUGCAAAUGUUAUUCAGAACCAUUGCAGUUAUUCGAUGUGGAGAGACAAACUCAGUUGAUUGAUUCAUUUUAUUCUUGGACCUGAUAUUGUUCUCUUAAUUCUCGUCUUUCUUUAUGUUGCUUCCACAAGAGUUGGCAAUGGUCUUUUGUAAUGAAGGGCGGGAAUGAUAUUCAGUUAGCUCUUUCUUCUUUUAUUAUUUUUUCAUAGGAAUAUUUUGGCCUUACUUGAACUUGAGACCUCACAAUCCUUAAGACGACUCAGUAACAUUUAACUAAAGUUUAGUAAUAGUUCAAUCAAGCUUAAAUUAUUUGAUGCUUCAA